AUGGCUGCCCAUCUUAAACUAUCCAUUUCUAUCUAUCUAUCUAUCUAUCUAUCUAUCUAUCUAUCUAUCUAUCUAUCUAUCUAUCUAUCUUUAUAUAUAUUGACUUUCCAAUCCCUCUGUCGUAAAUUCCCGUUUUCUCCUUUUAAAUGUAUUCCCUUUUCAAAGUUUUUCUUCUUACUUUUCUCUUCCCUCCUUCUAUUUCCAUCCAUCUCUUUACAAAAAAAAAACCUGUCAUCUUGUAAACGCUUUUCUCAUCUUUUCACGACACACGAUUUAAAUGUUUCUCUUUUGUCCUUAAAGUUUUCCUACAUUCUUGUCUUUUACCUUCAUUCUUUUUUUUCACUUACUUGUAAAUUCUCCUUUUCUCGAAUUCUUACAUUUUCCUUCCAAUGUUUUUUUUUUCUUCAGAAUUUCUUUUUCUCUUUUGUAUUCCAUUUCCAUUCUAAUAUCUCCAAAGACCUGUUGCUUUCUUGUAAACGCUUUUGUCAUCUUCCCACAAGCACUGUUUAUUCAAAGAUUUUUUCUCUUUUCUCUUCAUAUUCUUACAUGUCAUUCUCUUGUAAUCUCCCGCUUUCUCAACUUCCUCACAAAUACUCACCCUUAAACACUACUUUUCUCUCUCUCACUCUUUCUAUCUGUCUCUCACACACACACACACAAAAUCUCUCUCUCUCUCUCUCUCUCUCUCUCUCUACUUCACUUGAGAGACCAAAAUGUCUUUUUUAUUCUGAUAUUCACAGGCCGCAUUUUUCUUCCCGACGAAUACGCCUUCCAAGAUGUCUCGACGCCACAUAUUACAGUUUCGUCUAUGGUGCCAUUUUUUUCUUCGCCAAAAUAUUUUCAUACGCUCAGCAGUGGGUGACAUUUUUCAAAUCUCAUGCGGUCUUUAGUGUCCUUUUCCUAUUUAUUGCUACAUUUCCUUCAUAUAAUUCUAGGUGUUUUUAUUUUCUAUUUCUUCUCCGUUUUCCGGCUAAUAACCUGUCAUUCUUACGUCAUUUUUAUUUCUUUAUUUCUUUUUCCUACGUCAUUUCCCUCUUUAACUUUUCAAUCUGUUUCUUUCUAGUUCUUUUCCCUUCUUCUUUUUUGGUUUUCCUUUUCUUAUUCCCUUUAUUAUUUCAUUUCCUCUCUCUCUCUCUCUCUCUCUUUCUCUCUCUCUCUCUUCAAUUCAUCUAUCCCUUCUACCUUUUUAUACUCAUCACGUUCUUUCUGAUAUUCUCAAAUCGUUUUUUUUUAUUAUUUUACGAAGCUAAAUUAUUGCAUUUAAUUUCAUCGUCCAUAUCUUUCUUCUAUGCAGACCCCAGCACAUUUGUUGCUUGGAUAGUUCCAUCCUUUGAUAAAUUUUUAAAUCAUCCUAUCUCUUCCCGCAACUUCACAAAUUAUUCUCUUCUUUAUUUCUACUCUUCUUUCUCUCUUUCUUCUUGUUCUUGUUCUUCCUCUAAUAUAACUUUUCCUUCUCUUUUCACUACUUUCUUCCCCUUUAUAAUCUAUUAUUUCUUUUUCUUCUUCUACUACCACUUAUCCUAUAUAUUCAACUAUUAUUACUAUUAUUAUUCUCUAAAUUCUAUUAUUACUCAUCUUCUUCUUCUUCUUCUUCUUCUUUUUCUUCUUCUUCUUCUUAUUAUUCUAUAA